CAUCGAGUUAGCAGUUCAUCGAUAUCUCUAUCGAUUUUGCGACUUUUGAGUAAUCGAGAAUUCCAUAUCCAAUUCUAAAUCAACUUGCCAAUCAUUCUUCGAGCCGAAUUGUCACAGUCGGACUCCUGAGCGGUAUUUUCUCGAGACAACUGAAGACACUUUAAUUAUAUAAAACUUAUUGCAAAAUGGCACGUAGAUAUGAUACACGUACAACAAUUUUCUCGCCAGAAGGGAGACUCUAUCAGGUCGAGUAUGCUAUGGAGGCCAUAAGUCAUGCUGGCACUUGCCUUGGCAUAUUGGCAAACGACGGUAUUCUGUUGGCAGCUGAGAAACGUAACACGAAUAAGCUGUUAGAUGAGGUGUUUUUCUCUGAGAAGAUCUACAAGCUGAACGACGACAUAGUGUGUUCUGUAGCUGGCAUAACAUCGGAUGCGAACGUCCUGACAAACGAGUUGCGUCUAAUCGCACAGAGAUAUCUUCUGCAAUAUGGUGAGGCCAUACCCUGUGAGCAGCUCGUCUCCUGGCUGUGCGACGUUAAGCAGGCGUACACUCAGUAUGGUGGAAAACGACCUUUUGGCGUGUCUAUUUUGUACAUGGGAUGGGACAAGUACUAUGGCUAUCAGCUGUACCAGUCUGAUCCCAGUGGGAACUAUGGUGGUUGGAAGGCAACGUGUAUUGGGAAUAAUUCGGCGGCAGCGGUGUCAUCCUUGAAGCAGGAGUACAAAGAGGGCGAGACCACUCUGAAGGACGCAAUGGCACUCGCCAUCAAAGUACUCUCUAAAACAUUAGACAUGAAUAAACUAUCUGCUGAGAAAGUGGAAAUGGCAAUAUUGACACGUGAAAAUGGUAAAACAAAGACGAAAAUACUGCCGGCGAAUGAAGUAGAUGCCUUAAUUGCGGAACACGACCGGUUAGAAGCACUGGCAGAGCAAGCAAAGAAGGAAAAGCAAAAAUCGUAGAAUUUUAUAUUACAUAAGAGGAAGAAUAUAAUUCGCUGUGAUGAUAAAGUUCAUUGUAUCAAGAAGAAAUUAAUUUACAUCCAAUUCAAGUGUUUGUAUUACUUUAAAUUAUUUCCUUGCCGCAGGAGUCAAUCCUUAUCAAUGAUAGCAUUAUCAUCUUUAUUACGAAACGACGGUUAUAAUAAGAUUAAAUGUUUUUUCAUAAAUUA